CGGCUGCGGCAGCGCCAUGGUCCCGCUGAGGCGCUGCUCGUCGCUCCGGCGCAGGCCGUGCUCCGGGGCCGACUGCACCGACGCCAACUACAGGGAGACGGUGGCGAGGCUCCGGAUGCUCCUCAUGGACUCGUACCUGCCGUGCCGCCUGGAAAGCGCGGGCGCGCUGGUCGGCAAGUCCUCGGCCGGGCUCGCGGACUUCAUCGAGCGCCAGGAGGAGUACAUCCAGCAGCUGGAGAAGGAGUCGCGGUACUGUAGGUCCUCGCUGUGCGCUGGUUGCCCCGCAGGGCGAGCUGACCGGCCUCAUGACCAAGCUCAAGGGCCUCAUCUCGGAGAACGAGGAGCUCAUGAACGCCGUGCGGGACUCUCUCGCGCCGGUUACGCGCCCGCCUCUGGCCGAUACUCAGGCUCCGACGGCGGGUACACGCUACUGCAUGGACCUGAUCCGGCCGGUGGGUGCGCGCACCGGGCUGCCCGGCCCUGGACCAGGGCUGCUGUACGAGUCCCGCAUCUCCGAGCUGCAGGCGCAGCUCACGCAGGCGCGCAUGGAGUCGCAGUCGCUGCGCCACCGCCUUGGAGACUGAGGCCCGCCCCCGCCGUCAUCCCCCCGCUCACCCCCUGGCCGUGGCCGGACCCGCUUGGGGUGUGGUGGGGCCACCUGGGCUGGCAGCGCGCCGAGCUCAGGGCCGCCCCGGCCCCGGCCGAGGAUCCCGAGCCGGCCGCUGCAGACACUGACGCGGAGGCCCCGCGGGUAGACGACGGCGAACUCACCACCAGCACCACUGCCAGCAUCACUGCCCAGGAGAAAGAGGACGAAGCCGAGGAAGGUGAGUCUCGUCCAGAAGAGCAGCACGAAGACCACGACCAGCCUUCGGGAGCCCCCGACCCGCCGCCUGCACCCGAGACGCCCAGGCGACCGAGCCUGGACGCGCCGCCGGAGGCCCUCGCCCUGCCCCAGGCAGAGUCCAGGGCAGGCACCAGGCCGUCAACGCCGCGACCGCCAUCGCCAGAGCCCUCCUCGUCCUCCGCGGACUCGGCCGCCUCAACUGGGGACGGCGCGGAUGCGGAGGGCCGGCAGCUGCUUGCCUUGUCAGUCCCCCUGACAGAAGAGCAGGCGGCGAAAGGCGGCCACAAGCCCGUCAUCAGGGUCAACGUCGAGGUCAAGUUCCACGUCAAGGACAAGAAGGACAAGAAACGGAAGAAGAGUUCCAGUAACGAUCAGCCCUAGUGCUUUACUUGAUAGCUCCUUAGAUAUUUUAUUGCAACCGCAUUUGUCAACCACACUGAUGGAUGGGAGGAGAUAAUAUUGAAAACAUAUUCGCCUGUAGUGCGAAGCAAAAGCUUAGCAUUAAGAUUCUGAAGUAUGUGCUGGCACAGAUAAUGCUUUUUAGAUAGAUUGAACAGUUUGGCAGGGAGUAAACUUAAAGCUUGGAAUUAUUUAAUAUAAUAUAUAUAGAAG